AAAUAAAUUAUGCUCCUCUGACCUUUCUGAUAAAAGCACAUAUCCAAGCUGUUCAAUAAUUACUUUUUACUAUUGUCGCAGAAAAAUGUACAAAGUUGCAAUUCUUGGUGGUGGUGUUAAUGGUUUUGCGAAUGCAGUAAAAAUUAAGGAAAAAUUUCGUGAUUUUGAGGUGGUGUUAAUUUCCAAAGACUUCUCUCCAUACACAACUGGUGAUGGCUCUGGAGGUCUUUGGUAUCCGUAUCUCUGUGGUGACAAAACGCCAGAACGCAUAUUAAUGAGAUGGGGUUGCGAAACAUACAGAUUGCUGCACAAGUUAUGGCUGGAAGGCGGGCAUAAUGUAUCUCUCGUGCCCAUGUACUACUUACACCAAAGGAAGGAGACCUAUCGACGCCCGAUGUGGGCGUCUCAUGUUUUUGGUUAUCAUGAACUUGGUCCGAAGGAGCUUCAGUAUUUCAGUAAACGUUAUUCAUCUCAGUAUGUUGCCGGCGAAAUGUUUACGUCCUUCGUAUCUCGUCCACCAACUAUUAUUUCUUAUCUCGAAAAGCGGUUUUUGGAGCUAAAUGGCAAGAUAAUACAUGCAGACAUAACUUCUUUAUCAGACGACAUUCUGAAGGACUAUGACGUCUUGAUAAAUUGCACUGGUCUUGGAGCAAGAACUAUUGUAGCUGAUAAGACUGUGUAUCCUAUCAGGGGGCAAAUAGCGAGGGUAAAGGCGCCAUGGCUCUGUGAAGUCGUUAUGGAUAAUGACAGAGAAAAUUACAUACUACCAAAUGCAGAUUUCUGCGUCCUGGGAGGUACUCAUCAGGAGAACGACUACAACACUCACGUGUACAUCGUGGACUCUGAUAUGGUCAUUAAUGGAUGUACUGAUAUUAUCCCAUCUCUAAAGAAUGCCGAAGUUCUUUCGGAAUGGGUGGGUUUGCGGCCAGGACGGAAUGAAGUUAGGCUGGAAGCGGAGGAGCGGGAUAAUAAACUGAUCAUACAUAACUACGGCCAUGGUGGAAGCGGAUUAACAUUAUUUUGGGGCUGUGCAACAGACGUGUUGGCGAUUUUGGAAGAUAAAUUAAAACAAAAAGUGAAAAAAAUUUCGAAACUAUAAUUAUGAGAAUUCACCGCAGUAAUGUCGGUAUCCAUCAAUCAAUACGUAAUUUUUUUUUACUCUUCUAUCGAAUUGAUUAAAAAUGACUAUUUAAGGGUUCCAAAAAUAAAGAUAAAAAUUUUAUAAGACCGGUAAUUUAUUCUAAAAUACAAUUUUAAGCUCGACAAUAUUUACAUGACGAAUUCAUUAAUAAUUAGGUGUAGGGGAAGGGGGCCCAAAGCGGGUACAUGGUCCAAAGCAGGUCAGCGCGAUUGUCAAUAUGUUCAAUGAAUUAUAGCAAAAGCAAAAGUGUGCGGGAACACCCGAACAAAUCCCAACAAGCGUCAGUUUGGCCGAGGCGCCGGAGUCGCGUAGUUUUUGUGGGAGUGACAAAAGUUGUUUUUCGGAGAUUUUGUUAAAAAAUAUCAAGGUAUGUGAACUCGAAUUAUUCUAUUGUGGCUUGAAUAGUCUUUUUGUAAGUUUGCAUGUGUUUUUGUUCAUGAAUUUAGCUUUGAAUUCCUAAUAAACUGUUUCAUUAUCGAUUAAGGCUUUCAGGUUAUGUUGUCGAACAUUUAAAACGUGUUUUUAGGCAAAGAGGGUAGGGGUAAAACGGGUACCUGAUUUGCCCCUACCCGUUUUGCCCUAUAUUUAAUAAUAUAAAUUAUUACUUUUAUUUCCUUUCCAGAUGGUUCAGAAAUACAAAAGAAAAACUCAACAGGCAUCGUGGGAUGUUACAACCAUGAAGCUAGCAAUGGAAGAGGCAGGAAAAACAUCAGUCAGGAAUGCUGCUAAAAGAUAUGGUAUUAAUUUGUCAACUCUACAAAGACAUAUUAAAAAAGG